GUCAUUACGUUCUUAUAAUUAUAUUUGGACAAAUUCGAUUUUUAUUUUGCUAGAAAAGUAUGAGAAUUGCGAGCUUUCAUGUUGUUGUACUUGUAUAUGUAUGUUUAAACAUGUAUUAAUUUCAAAAUUUUCUAAAUUCAAUUUCAUUAAAAUUUAAUUUUUGAAAGAUAAGUUAGCAGAUAUUCGUACCUGUUAUCUUUUAGAUACAUCAUCAACUAAACCACUAUAUAUUUGAUUAUUUCCUGUUGUCCGUAGUGCCGAUUGUGUGCUCAUCUCUGAAACACCCUGGGAUCAAUUUAGCCAUAGUAAACACUAAUCAAUUGAGCCAUAGUGGUUUAGUUGAAGAUGUUUACUAAACAAUAGAGCCAGAUUUAGGCACAUUCCAAUAAAAUAUUAGCUUUAGUCUCUAAUUAUAUACAUGAAAAAAGGUUUUUAGUUAUAUUGUGAAAAGUUUUUAUUAAAGUUCUUAAUGAAUACUUAUAAUCUCAAAAUUCUAGAUCCGGUUUAAUGCUUUGUAAAUGUUAAUUAUACUGAUAAGUUCUUCUAAAUCGAAAAUCAGUUCAAAAAAAAAAAAAAAGUUCUUCUAAAUCUGAGCUAAGUUAUUUCCAAUUAAAAUGGUCGUCUCGAGGAAACCUCAUCAGUUCAGUUCUCGGUCUUGUAAGAACAAUAAAAGAAAGUCAAUUUCGUUAUGCCAAAAACUGUGACGUUGCGAUCAGUCUUUAUUACACAGCCCUAUUCUCCAACAAUAAAUGGACCAAUGAUUUUGUUUUUUUGUUGACCACUGGUUUUCGUUUUUUCUGUUUAGGGGUGCCUAAGAAAUAUCUAUUUUGUCUUGUGCCAAUUUAAAUAUAUUUAGAAGUAUUGACUGUCGGCACAGCAAGAAGAGACUACUCUCAAGGGGCCAGAAUUCUCUAUAUAUAUAUUUUUUUUCUCUUUUAAAUUAUUUAUUAAAAGGAAAUUAAAUCAUUUAUGUAAUCUUACAUUUAUGAUUUUCUUUUCUAAAUAUACUCUCAAUAAUAAGUUCCCUUUAUAUAGGGGUUAGAAGGAAGAGAUAAAUGCAAAGAGUACAAAACCUAAUCCAAAAGAAAAUAUGAAAACUAAAGAUAACAAGAAAAAGAAAACGUCAUAAUCCUAAGUCGGUCCAAAACCGACCGACUCUCUCUCCUUUUGGUCGCGGCCGCGGCUGGGCCUGGUCGUGGCUGAUGGGCCUCAUUCUUCUGGUCUUGGUUAAUAGUAAUCUACUCCAUGAUUUAUAACACUCCCCCUUGGAUGCUAUAACCAUAUGGGUUUGUAUCAUGCACGACGUUGCCUCAUUAAAACCUCUCUAGGAAAACCAAAAACUCAAGGUGGGAAAAAUGGAAACCGUAGACAGGAAAAAGAGUACAACACAUGACACUCCCCCUGAUGAAGGCAUCACUGAAAAUCCUUCAGCUGGCGCAUUCCUAUCUGAUGAACCAGCUUCUUGAACGUUGAGGUUGGCAGAGACUUGGUGAAAAGAUCGGCUGAAUUGUCACUGGACUGAACUUGAACCACUUGAACAUCUUUAGUCUUCUGCAGGUCGUGGGUGAAGAAGAAUUUGGGCAAGAUGUGUUUUGUUCUAUCUCCCUUAAUGUAUCCAUCUUUGAGCUGAGCUAUACAAGCUGCAUUGUCCUCAUAGAUGAUCAUUGGCUCUUCCUUUUCCUUUCCCACGGCCAGGCCACUCUCUUUUAGGAUAUGGCCGGUCAUGUUCCUCAACCACACAAGCUCUCGGCUUGCUUCAAACAUGACUAUGUUCUCAGCAUGAUUAGAGGAUGUGGCCACUAAGGAUUGUUUUGUGGACCGCCAACAUACUGCAGCCCCACUGUAUAAACACAUAUUCUGUCUGAGAUCUAGCAUUGUGUGGGUCAGAUAAGUACCCAGCAUCUGCAUAUCCGGCCAAGCUAUCUCCUGGUCGGUUCAUAUAGAAUAAUCCGAGGUCCUUUGUUCCUUGCAGAUAUCUGAACAAAUGUUUUAUUCCGUUCCAGCGCCUAAGUGUCGGACAUGAACUGAAUCUAGACAGUAAACUCACGGCAAAACUAAUGUCCGGUCUAGUAUGACUAGCCAAGUACAUUAAGGCUUCAAUGGCACUUAGGUAAGGCACUUCCGGUCCGAGUGUCUCCUCGUCCGGCUUCUUUGGUCCGAAUGGGUCCUUUUCUAGGUCUAAGGACCUUACGACCAUAGGACUUGACAAAGAAUGAGCCUUGUCCAUAUUAAACUGCUUGAGUAUCUUUUCUGUAUAUGUCUUUUGAUGCACAAGGAUUCCUUUGUCUACAUACUCAAAUUGCAGUCUAAUAUGGACAAGGCUCAUUCCUUGUCAAGUCUUAUGGUCGUAAGGUCCUUAGACGUAGAGAAAGACCCAUUCGGACCAAAGAAGCCGGACGAAGAGACACUCGGACCGGAAGUGCCUUACCACAAAUUCAUUCAAGCUUACUUUAACUUUAUUUACUAGGAAAAUCUAAAACAUAACUUUAUUUUUUCAUAAUUAACAGGAUAAAAAUGUAUUACAAAAUAAUUUUUGUAUACGUGGAAUUAAAAAUGUGAUAUUUUAGAAUAUUCAUAGAAAUGUAACUAAAAUAAUGAUUUUAAAAAUAAAAACUGCUUAAUUCACCCAUCGUUUUUUUUUUGACUAAAAUCAAAGUUAUCGUUAGAGGGUAAACAUUUAAUAUUUAUUUAGGUAUAAUACUAUCACUUUAAUAUAUAUAAUAGACUCCUUAAAGUUGCAGGUUUAAUUAUUUGUUGUAAUUAUUAUUUAAAUUCAUAAAUUUAAUGAAUUAUUAACAUAUCACUUUUAUGAUGAAUAUAACAUAAGCAAAAUCGUACCUAACAAAUUCAUAGUUUACAUUUUAAAGUUAAAGAAUAAUUUUCAAAAAAAAAAAUUAUGUGACUUUAGAUCUUUAUUAUUGUGAUAUACAUAAUUUAUGUUGUUCUGGCUAGGAAUUUCUUAAUGACCAAAAUUUUUAUUCAAGAAAAAUAAUUCUCAUCAAAUUAGAAGUUAUACAAGACGUCCCCACUUAAAUGUUUUUUUUUAUGUCCAUAGCUCUUUACCUUAUCACAAUGAUAACAGCAAAAUAAACUUACUAAUUAAUUGUUUAAUACAUUUAGCUUUAAUAUAUGUAUCAUAUCAAAUCAUUUACAUUAUUAACUCUAAAAUAUCAAUAUAUAUGGGGACAUUUUGUAUAUGUAUACCAAAGACAAGCUUAAUAUAACUCAUAAAUUGUUGUUGUAUACCUUAAUUAAUGUUGUUAAGUUUGUUGGACGACGUUUAUAAUACAACUAAUAAGUUUGGUAACAUAAUUAGGAUUAACAAUUUGGUGAAAUAGUGUGAUAAACAUAUGCAUCAGUUUAUUCGGUUAUUAUUCAGAAUAAUGUAACGUAAAAGUGAAAAUUGGAAAUAUGCAACAAAAAACUAGUAUAUUGUCCCUAUGCCAUAAUAUGAACUAGAAGUUGUCCACUUAGCAUAAUUUUUAUGUAAACCCAAUUAAGUCCCUAAUCACAGCUUAACGUUUUCUUUUGUAAAAUUAAUUGUUAAAAAAAAAUUAAAAGUUAAAAAAAACAGAAGGUAAAUAAACAAAAGGGGAUAAUCCCAAAUCGUGACUUAGAACCCUAAUUUCGUCUUCUCCUUUGGCGAUAGAGAACAAAAGACGGUUUGAAGUCAUCGGCGUGUCAGAGCUCGCCGUCGCUGGUGUUCCUUCUGCCCGCUAGGACUCCAGUGGUGUUCUUCUUCUUCUUAAUCGCAGUCUCAAAAACCACGUCUCACUUCGCAUCUCGUUCUCAAGUAACUCGCCGAACACCACUGAAGCUCGAACCUCACCGAUAACCGAAGCUCGUGCCUCUCCGAUCUGGAAUAUACUCUCUCAGCUCUAUUUCAAGCAAACCAAUCGAGACUUUUCAGGUUUUUUUGUGAAUUUUUUUUCAUGUCUUUGUAUCUUUUACUUGAGUCUUUUUUUAAUCAUAGUUUGACUGUCAUAGGUUUCGAAUUUAGUUUCUGUGAAUGAUUUAGGCUUCUAUCUUAUCAAAGUUGCAUACUUUUUUUAUUGUUGAUUUGUGGCAACUGAUCUCUUGUACCUGUUGUUGUUUCUCGUGACAUUGAGGGAGAAUGGAUUCGUAUUUGAUUGGGUAUUGACAUCUAUAAAGCAUGUAAAGUAUGUGGUUUGCAUUUUUGUAUGUCUUAGGUGAUUUUGUUUGAUUUGUUUUCACUAGUAUGUAUGUCUUUGGACGAUUGUUUUAUGAUGAAAAAUGGAAUGAGCCAUGACUGUUGUGAUUGUUUUUCUUUCCUUGUGCAUUGUUCUCAGACACCUCGACCUUUUCAGGUUUGUAUAAGAACUGGUGACUUCAUUUUCAUGUCUUUCUUUUUAAAAUAUGUGUUUCGUUAUCAUAAUUUGCGCUUGAUAUGUAUCGAUUUUAGUUGAGAUAGUUAGUGUUAAUGAUUAUCAAAGUUUAAUUCUUUUGAUGUUUUUGAACGCUAAGUAAAGUUUCAUACUUUUUCUUGUUUGUCAACGCUUAAGUAUUAUGAACUUGUAUUAUGAUGACUUUGUUUUAUGAGUACUGACUGUGGUGAUUGUAUUUGUUUCAUUGUUCACAGGUAUGGCGAUGGAUCAGUUGCCAAAAACCCUAUUCAAAGAGAGAACGGAAACACAAGUUGAGAAGGUCAACAACACUUGUCGAACUUCCAUACUUAAGAAGGUGGAGAAGUAUGUUGAAGCAGAGUACAAGGAAGUGUUGGCUGAUCCACUAUUUUCUCAGGUUACGGAUAUUUAUGUGCACAAGUUUCAGUAUUCAGGGAGAGUGAUCCACAGCUUCGUUUGUAAGCAGCUUCUGACUGCAAAGCGCCAUGAGUUGUGGUUCCAUUUUGCUAGGAGGGCUCUCAGAUUUUCAAUGCAAGAAUUCCAUGCGAUCACUGGUCUGAAAUAUAAAGACGACGAGCCUGACUUGGAUAUUGAUAACUGGAGAGGUGAUAAAGGGUUUUGGAGUAAGUUGCUGCGGAGAAAAGGAAAAAUUAGCCUACAACAAAUCAGGAAGGUGCAUCUGAAAUCUUGUAAUAGAUGGUCUCAUGUUGAUAGGCUGAGGAUGGUGUAUUUGUGUGUGAUUGCUGGUCUGGUUAUGGUGAAGGAUGAGAAAGUGUGCAUCCCACACAAGUACAUCAAGCUGGUGAUGGAUUUCGAUAAGAUGAGAAAAUAUCCGUGGGGUCUUCACUCUUUUGAUGCGCUUGUGACUUCCAUUACUGAAGCUAGGGAUAAAGUGAAGACGCAGAACAGUUAUGUCAUAGAUGGAUUCUCUUAUGCACUUCAGAUUUGGUUGAUGGAGGCUAUUCCAGACAUCGGGUCUCUUUUGGGUAAGAAGCUCAAAGAAGGGAUCACUAGCAUGAGAUGCAGAAAUUGGAAAGGAUAUGCUAAGGUUUCCUAUGAGGAUAUUAUUAGUAUUGAGUCAGAUUUUGCAUCCACUGUAAGUUUUGAUUUCUUUAAUCAAUGUGAUUGAAUUUCAUGAUUC